GUGGGCAAGACAACACUUGCUAAAAUUGUUUACAACGAUAAGAAGGUGAAAGAUCAUUUUGACUUGAAAGCUUGGUUUUGUGUUUCGGAGGCAUAUGAUUCUUUCAGAAUAACAAAAGGAUUACUUCAAGAAAUUGGAUCAUUCGACUUAAAGGAUGACAACAAUCUGAAUCAGCUACAGGUAAAAUUGAAGGAAAGCCUAAAGGGAAAAAGAUUUCUUGUUGUCCUUGAUGACUUGUGGAAUGAUGACUCUGAUGAGUGGGAUGACUUGAAAAAUCUUUUUGUACAAGGAGCUAUGGGAAGUAAGAUCCUUGUGACGACACGUAAGGAGGAUGUUGCCUUGAUGAUGGGUAAUGGGGCAAUCAAUGUGGAGACUCUGUCUGAUGAAGUCUCUUGGGAUCUAUUCAAACAGCAUUCAUUAAAAAACAGGGAUCCGGAGGAACAUCCAGAACUUGAAGAGGUUGGAAAGCAAAUUGCAGACAAGUGCAAAGGAUUGCCUUUAGCUCUAAAGGCACUUGCUGGUAUUUUAUGCCGCAAAUCAGAGGUGUACGAGUGGAAAAACGUCUUAAGAAGUGAAAUAUGGGAGCUUCCAAGGCGUAAGAAUGGUAUAUUACCAGAGUUGAUGUUGAGCUACAAUGAUCUUCCUGCACAUUUGAAACGAUGUUUUGCUUUUUGUGCAAUAUAUCCCAAAGAUUAUCAAUUUUGCAAAGAGCAAGUUAUUCACCUGUGGAUUGCUAAUGGUCUGGUACAACAGUUGCAUUCUGGUAACCAAUACUUUAAUGAGUUGAGAUCAAGAUCAUUGUUCGAAAGGGUCCCAGAGUCUUCUGAAAGAUACGGUGGGAAAUUCUUAAUGCAUGAUCUUGUCAAUGAUUUGGCCCAAAUUGCAUCUUCAAAACUUUGUGUCAGGUUGGAAGAGUGCCAAGGAUCUCAUAUAUUGGAACAAAGUCGGCACACGUCGUAUUCAAUGGGCAGAGAUGGUGACUUUGAGAAAUUGAAACCGCUCUCUAAGUCAGAGCAGCUGAGGACAUUGCUUCCAAUCUCUAUCCAGUUCCUUUACCGCCCUAAACUAAGCAAGAGGGUGCUGCAUAACAUAUUGCCAAGACUAACUUACUUAAGGGCAUUAUCAUUGUCAUGUUAUGCGAUUGUGGAGCUUCCAAAAGAUUUGUUUAUCAAAUUUAAGCUCCUGAGAUUUUUGGACCUUUCUCGGACAGAGAUUACAAAAUUGCCCGAUUCUAUCUGUGCGUUGUAUAACUUGGAGACACUUCUCCUGUCAUCUUGUGAUGAUCUUGAGGAGCUACCGCUGCAGAUGGAGAAGUUGAUCAACUUGCGGCACCUUGACAUCAGCAACACUUCUCGCUUGAAGAUGCCGCUACAUCUGAGCAAGUUGAAAAGCCUCCAAGUGCUAGUGGGAGCCAAGUUUCUACUAGGUGGCCCCUGUGGUUGGAGAAUGGAAGAUUUGGGUGAAGCACAUUACAUGUAUGGAUCUCUAUCAAUUUUAGAAUUGCAAAAUGUGGUUGAUAGAAGGGAAGCUCAGAAGGCGAAGAUGAGGGAUAAGAAGAAGAAUCAUGUUGAGAAGUUAUCGUUGGAGUGGAGUGGAAGUGAUGCGGACAAUUCACAAACCGAAAGAGACAUACUUGAUGAGCUACGUCCACACACAAAAAUAAAAGAAGUCGAAAUCUCCGGAUAUAGAGGGACACGAUUUCCAAAUUGGCUAGCUGAUGAUUCGUUUCUUAAGCUGCUAGUACAAUUGUCUCUUAGCAACUGCAAGGACUGUUUUUCCUUGCCAGCGCUAGGACAACUUCCUUGUUUGAAAUUCCUUUCCAUUAGAAAGAUGCAUCGAAUAACAGAGGUGACGGAAGAAUUCUAUGGUAGUCCGUCCUCUGAAAAGCCUUUUAACUCUCUUGAGAAGCUUGAAUUUGCAGAGAUGCCUGAGUGGAAGCAGUGGCACGUACUAGGGAACGGAGAGUUUCCUGCACUUCGGGACCUUUCAAUUGAAGAUUGCCCCAAGUUGGUUGGAAAUUUCCUCAAGAAUCUUUGUUCUCUGACGAAAUUGAGAAUCUCAAUAUGUCCUGAACUCAAUUUGGAGACACCCAUCCAACUUUCAAGUCUAAAAUGGUUUGAAGUUUCUGGUUCUUCUAAGGCUGGAUUUAUUUUUGAUGAAGCUGAACUGUUCACCUUAAAUAUUUUGAAUUGCAACUCUCUUACCUCCUUGCCUACUAGCACUCUGCCGAGUACGUUGAAGACAAUAUGGAUAUGUCGUUGCCGGAAAUUGAAAUUGGAGGCACCAGAUAGUAGUAGGAUGAUUUCUGACAUGUUUCUGGAGGAAUUGAGACUGGAGGAAUGUGAUUCUAUAUCAUCACCUGAGUUGGUCCCAAGAGCACGCACUUUGACUGUGAAGAGGUGCCAAAACCUUACUAGGUUUUUGAUUCCUAAUGGGACUGAAAGACUCGAUAUUUGGGGUUGUGAGAAUCUUGAAAUAUUUUCGGUGGUAUGUGGGACCCAGAUGACGUUUUUGAAUAUCCACUCUUGCGCAAAGCUGAAGCGGCUGCCAGAAUGUAUGCAGGAACUCCUUCCAUCUCUUAAGGAACUGCAUCUGGGGAAUUGUCCAGAAAUAGAGUCCUUUCCUGAUGGAGGAUUGCCCUUCAAUUUACAACUCCUCGUGAUCAACUAUUGCGAGAAACUGGUGAACGGUCGAAAGGAGUGGCGUCUACAUAGACUCCAUUCUCUCAGAGAGUUGUUCAUCAACCACGAUGGCAGUGACGAAGAGAUUGUUGGUGGUGAGAAUUGGGAGUUGCCUUGCUCUAUUCAAAGGCUUGUCAUAGUCAAUCUGAAAACAUUAAGCAGCCAACUUCUCAAAAGCCUCACCUCUCUUGAAUCUCUAGAUAUUCGUAAAUUACCUCAAAUUCAGUCACUGCUGGAACAAGGGCUUCCCUCCUCUUUUUCUAAGCUAUAUUUAUACAGCCAUGAUGAGCUCCAUUCACUACAAGGUCUUCAGCACCUCAAUUCGGUUCAAAGUCUAUUGAUCUGGAAUUGCCCUAAUCUCCAAUCUCUUGCAGAAUCAGCGCUGCCCUCCUCCCUCUCUAAGUUGACCAUCAGGGAUUGCCCUAAUCUCCAAUCCCUUCCCAAAUCAGCAUUUCCCUCCUUCCUCUCUGAGCUGACCAUUGAGAAUUGCCCUAAUCUCCAAUCCCUUCCAGUAAAAGGGAUGCCCUCUUCCCUCUCUAUACUAUCUAUUUACAAAUGCCCAUUUCUCGAACCACUCCUAGAAUUUGACAAGGGGGAGUACUGGCCAGAAAUUGCUCAUAUUCCUAAAAUAUAUAUUGGUCGCACUAUGUUUGACUGUGAAUGCCUGUGAUGGUUAUAAAAACGAAGCUCCCACAGAUGAGUUCAAUCAAUUUGCAGAACCACUAAGAAAUGCACAAAUGCUUGAAGAAUGAAAUCUCUAUUUCACAAUCAGGAGUUGUUCAACCUCUGAUCUGCAUAUAUAUCAUUUUUGUAAUCUCCAAUAGCUUCCAGAAUCAUCAGAUUGUCCUCUUCCAUGUCUGAACUAUAUAUUUCCAACAGCCUGUCACUUGAACCACGUCUAGAAUUGUGAGAAAGGGGGUUUUUUGUCAUAAAUUGCUUAUAGCUCCUACAUUGAGAUUGAUCGGGAAUACCUGUACUGUUUAAAACGAGUGCUGCACUGAUAAAUCGUGUAGCAUCUAUUGUCACUGUGAAGCUGAGGAAGCAUCUUGAGAUCAGCAUGAUAAA